AUGCGCGAAUUCAUGGAUUAUGUCCAUGGGGCAUUUUACGAAGCCACGGGCUGGAACCGUGGCAAUUCCUACGCGACGCUGAACGAAACCCCCGAUGCUCUCCUGAACUUCCAUACACCGCGCGGCCUGCGCUUAACGCUAUCGUCCCUUGCCUCGCCCAACUUUGCAACGUCGUACCAGCUGGGCUCGGUGGGCGUCGUCGACGGCUCAAUAUCAUAUCUCUUCUCCUCUGUCCCGCUCCGCCUUCUUCUCACCCCCCGAAGCGAGAACGUCCCUUUACCCGAAUUAUUGCGAUCUUACCGCGCACUUACACCGCUCGAUCGACCAUUGACACCACAGCCCGCGACGACCGAGGGCCCAGCAGGACCGCAAAAUGUACACGAUGCGUCUUUAUUUUACGGACGAAUGUAUCUACCAACGUCACAACUCGAAGGACUAGUGGUGAAGAGGAUAACGCCCGCGCUACAGCUUCAAUUUAGCGCCGUGUCUAGCCAGCAUCUCCGAAACGGCGGAACGGCGCUUGGCUUGGCGCAGUACGACGUUGGGCGAUAUGCUUUGGAGGGUCUGGCAUCCUCUGACGGCGGCUUACUUGGACUGCGGGGCGUGUAUAACUUUGGCGGCGACGCAGAAGCUGCCUCGGACCGUCCAACACCAAGUGCUAGCAACAAUGGAGAGCGAGAACGCAUAUACGGCCGCUUUAGCACUGGUGGCGAGAUAUACUACGGAACAUUGAACAAGUCUGGUGGUAUUAGUCUGGGCGGACGCUUCGCCACUCUCCCAUCACAUAAAGGUACACCUCUUGCGGCGACGGUGACACUUACGCCGCUGAUGGGCAACAUUGCAGCCAGCUACGCUGUUGUUGCUGGACCACACUGCAGCCUAGCAACGCGGAUGGAGUUUAACGUCUUUAGCUACGAGAGCGCCUGGGCUGUGGGAAUGGAGCUCUGGAGAAAGCCGUUUACACGGAUAACCACCGAUGAAGCACCGGCCGUGCCGCGGGGCAAGGAAAGAUCGUUCCGCGCUAAGAUGGAGUGGCGUCUAGACACAUCCGAAGAGGAAAUGCUGGCUCUUUCGAACAAUAUGAUGCUGUCUUCGCCGAUUAAGGAAAGGAAGUACCAGGAUGAUGAAUAUGCCGGAGUUCUAAAGGCUCGUCUGGAUCAGAACUUGCGUAUCGGCUUGCUCUGGGAAGGAAGAGUCAAAUCGCUGCUUUUUAGCCUGGGCAGUGGAAUUGAUCUGCGCCAGCAUAAUAAGCCGUUCCGGACUCUUGGCUUGGAGAUUCAGUUCUCGUCUUAA